CGCCACGCCGCUUCACACCGCAGCCUCGCGUCGCGCCCGCGCCCACGCCCACGCCGCAAGCCGGCAGCCCGGCACACCCACCCACCACCACCACCGGGCCGUCCGUUCCGCACCGCGAGCGAAAGCCCCCAAAACUCGGGUCCCGCGCGGCGAGCUCACGCGCCCCGCGCCGGACGGAGCGAGCGGUACGGGGAGUAGGUGGCUGGCUGGCCUCCUUCCCAGCCGGGUCCUUUUCUACGGCUCCGACCUCCUCCCCGUCCGGCCCCGCGUCCCCGCACCCACCACCCCGGAACCAAACGCAUCCCCAAGUCAAACCGGGCCGAGCGCACGCAUGGAGGCGACCGCGCUCCCGUUCGCGGCGGCGGCGUCCGUCGUCCCCGCGAGGGGCGGGUGCACGGCGGUGGGGUUGUGCGCCGCGCGGCCCCGGCUGCGGCAGGGGCGGUGGCGGGGCGCGUCCGUGGUGGCGAAGAUGGAGGGCGGGCUGGGGAAGGGGGUGGUGCCCACCACAAACUACGUGGUGCCGCUCGACAAGGCCACCGGGAUGACGCGCCCGCUCGUGGAGAUCCUGCGGGACCUCAACAAGCGAGUCCCCGACAAGAUCAUCGACCCCGACACCAACACCGUCCACUGGUAUCAUGCAAACAGAAUGCUUAGUUUUUAUGCACCAGGUUGGUGCGGAGAAGUUCGUGAUGUUAUUUAUUCUGCGAAUGGAACUGUAACCGUGGUCUAUCGAGUGAUACUGAAAGGAACUGAUGGAGAGGCAUACAGAGAUGCUACGGGCACAGCGCAGGUCCAUGAGGGCCGCAGGGAAGACGCCGUUGCAGCCGCAGAGGAAGCAGCAUUCUGCAAAGCCUGUGCACGGUUCGGUUUUGGCCUGUACCUGUACCACCAGGAUGACACCCAUCACGAGGACCACUUCCAUUGAGGCUCCUUUCGCACCGGAUUCCGGAGCUGCUCACAAGUCGCAACGUGCUUAGGAUAUGCCCUGGAGAACUUCGCAUCCAGAGAAAUUUUUGUUCUUUGUGUAGUAUCAUAUUCAUACCACAAGCGACAAUGCGUGCUUCCACCUGAAUGUGAAUGUAGAUACAAAGAAGCCUGUAACCUGUUCCUGUUCCUACCUUUGUUGUUGAUCGAGUCGAUGGUUGGAUGCCAUCCUGCAAGAACCUGUCCAGAUAGGAAACCAUUAUGGAAAUUCUGUUGUUACUUUAUUGUUGUAUUCUUCCUGUCCUCCAUCUCAUGCAGCAUAGGUGUAUUUGUAAGAUUCUAUUUGCUUCUCUUUGUGUACAUGAGACCAUGAGUGUUUAUUUAGCUAUCGAUGAUGUUGUUGCAGACUUGUGUAAAUGAUACGUCAUUCAUUUGA